AUGUCCUCUCCUUCCCUCCCCAUGCCCUCUCUCCCCCCCAGCCCUCUGGCCAUGGAGUACCUAAAUGAUUUUGACCUCCUCAAGUUUGAAGUAAAACCUGACACCCCUCCACUCCCUCCUCCAUGUGCGUAUCCCAAAUCUGGCCUCUCCCACGACCCCUCCAGCUCUCCAUACACCAGCCAUCCUCCGCAGGACUCCAGUUUAAGCUCCAGUCCUUACAACUCGCUGCCACCCUCACCGACGCUUAGCGACGCCCACCCACCACCUUCGGGCUCCUCAUCCCUCUCUUCGUCAUCCUCCUCCAUCUCCUUCCCCCUCUCCAUCUCCAACAGCUUCACUUCCUCAGGCAUCAGCUCGGGCUCUCAGGGGAACGUGGAAGGCAGCCCGGCCCACAGCGGGCCUCAGGGUCCCACCCCGGCGUCGCUGGAGGAUCUGAUCUGGCUGGCAGCACUGCAGCAACAGUUUGGAGGAGAGGUGACGGGGCCCGCCACUUUGCUUGGAGCCUUGGGAGGAGUGCCAGAGCGAGGGGACAGAGAGAGGGGCCAGGUGAAUGGCUUUCUGGGCUGUGAGGAUGCUGUGGAGGCUUUACUGAACUCAGCUGCUGCAGCUGUCAGCUCACAGUUUCCAGGUCUUUCUCAGAGUUCAAGCAGCAACCUGGGAGACUCAAGCAGCGACAGCGGAGGCGACAUCUCCUGCGCCAAAGGGACAGACAUGUGCCAUCGUCCGCUGGUCUUCCUCUCAUCGGCCCCUCCCUCGCUCCCCAACGCCGCCCCCGCCUCAGCUCCCUACCCGCAAGCCCUCAGCCCCCAGGGCCGCCUUCAUCACCACCAGCAUCACCAUCAUCAGCACCACCCGCACCACCCCAUGCAUGGCAGCCAUCACCAUCAUCACCACCCACAAAUGAAUCAGUGCGGGGCCAAUGAGCGCUUCUCUGAUGAGCAGCUGGUGAGCCUGUCGGUGCGGGAGCUGAACCGGCACCUGCGCGGAGUGAGCAAGGAUGAGGUGGUGCGCUUGAAGCAGAAGCGACGCACGCUAAAGAACCGCGGCUAUGCCCAGUCCUGCCGCUACAAGCGCUUACAGCACCGCCACGCUCUGGAGUCAGAGAAACAUGUGCUCACACAACAGCUGGAACAACUACAGUGCGAGCUGACUCGAGUGCUGAGGGAGAGAGACGCCUACAAGGCCCGCUACGAGAAGCUCCUCAGCACGAACCACGGCAUCGGCGGCGACGCCCCACCGACCCGCAACAGCAACCCACCUUCCCCACCCCCUGACUACUUCCUCUGAGUGUAACCCACAGGGGAAGGGAAGAGAAAGAAAAAACACACACAGAGGAAUGAGUAACAGACCAGCCAACAUGGAGCAAAUCAAUGAUGAGUAAUCAGACUUGGGGAAGAAAACAAGGAUGUGUAUGUGUGUGUGUGUGUGUGUGUGUGUGUGUGUGUGUGUGUGUGUGUGUGUGUGUGUGUGUGUGUGUGUGUGUGUGUGUGUGUGUGUGUGCAAGUCUGUGUGUGUGAGAGAGAAAGUGACAGCGAGACACUGGCGGGUGGUUUUGGGGCGAUACAACUGUGAAAUCCACCCCUGAAUUGAUUCAAGGGGAGCUGACUGUUAAUUCAUAGGGUUAGACUCAGCUCUAGGCUGCCUCACGGACACAAGUUUUACUUCACUGUGAAUGAUAUAGUUGCACAAAAACUGGCUAAGAGCUCUUUCACGUAUUUUGCUUGUGAUCUCGGUGCUACAGCGGACAAAAACGACUAUGAAAAUGGAUCGAAAAAAGCUUUACCUUGCAUUGAAACAUAUCAAUAGUCCCUGACAGCGCUGAGCAUAUUAUCUAUGCAAUAUUAUCUAGCUGCAAUGUACUAUCUCCAAAUGAGUGGUUGAGGCUCAAACUGUAGUUGUGUUUUUUUUUUUAUAAUAAGCUGCUAAAGCUGCAGAAGUCUGAGUAGUGCAGUGGUGCUGGAUGUGGAGUGGUAUGGGCUUGGAUAAAGUAUCCACGGCAUGCAGUUGUAUUUGCCAGCUAAUAUUUCACAGUUGCCUACCAAAGUGUUUAAGCUCACCAAGACUUGUUAUUCUUUGUAAGAUGAAUAAUCAUAGAUUAAAGAAUGUACAAGGAUACCUUUCAUGGGAACCUACCAGUGAUUGUGCUAAAUCAAUAGUGGGGAUAUUGCUCUUUUGUUUUAGCAAAAAAACUAAUCGGAAAUGGCGACUUUUCAGCCAUUAACAGCAACAGAAAAAGACUUGCUGUUUGCUCAAGAAGGGGAGCUGGUGUGCUCGACUAAAGCAACUCUCGGACUUAGAGAGAAAGAAACCCAUCGCAGCAGGCGAAAAGAGUGUGGCAUGAUUUGUGUGGUUGUGUCCAGUUCUCCAGACUAGAGAAGCUAUUUUUGGGCUGAUUGAACACCUCUGUAACAGGGACGAUCACCAAAUUUACGCAACAUGUGGCACCACAGAGCUGGUCACUGUGGACUCGGGUACCGUGGGCUAUGGAUGCAACAGAAAAUUAAAGGUGCAGGGAUAAAAGAGAAAAAAAUGCAAAAUAUAUCUUCGUGGUGACACCUUCUUAACUGUCCCAUGAAAUCAUUGCCAGGGUUCAUGCAUUAGAGCUAUUUAUUU